AUGUUAUUAUCUUACCUUCCAGCUCAUUCAACAACACCAAGCACAGACACAACAACACCAAACAGAAACCCAACAACUACAAUAACAGAUACAAGAUUUAGAACACCAGGUCGAACAUCUUCAGCAGGAAUUGCAACAAAUACAACAAGCUGCACCUCCACAACCAAAUGCAGUACCACAGCAGCAUCAUCACAACUUCAACAGCCGCAGGUACCACAACAGUCUUCAUUACCACCUCAAGAAGAACAACAGCAACAAGAAGUCGUAGCAUCACCAGAAGCACAAGUUCCACAACAUCAGAACCUCAAAGCACGAGGAGCACGCGUGCGAAGACGGCUCAGAUGCUUAGUUCGACCACGUCCUCGAGUCCGUCAUUUGUCAUCGAGAAGCGAUUAGAUUAAGGUAUGCUUUUCUACUAUUGCCAUCAAUUCUUACCACACUAUUUCAGUUAUUUUUUUCAUUCUAGGUAUUGUAUAUAAAUAUCAAUAGUGAGUACUCCAGAAAAAUAUUUAUUUGCAUCACAAUGAGUUCUAUUUUUCUGUUUUAGAUUAAAAAAAAUUAUUAAAGUUUAAAAAUAAAAAAAUAAAAAAAACCAAAACAAAGUAAUAUUGACAUAUACUACGUAUUUAUUUGGUUAAUAUAAAAAAAUCUGUUCUUCAUUUAGCCCACAUAAAUUUAAUUUAUACAAUAAAAAUGAUGAUCAAUUACUAAUGAUAUAAUCUUGGCCAAUUCAAGCUGUUUGUCUGGAUCUAAAUAUUUUGAAAAUGAACAUAUUUGUUAUUGAUGAUACAUAAGUAAGUUAAUAAAAUAUAUGUGAUUUAAAAACAAUGUCUUUAUUUCUUUAAAUAGUUUAUCUUGAAUGAAUGAGGAAGUUUUGGUCGACAUAAAACAAUAAUAUUAUUUAA